CCUCGGUUUCAGCUCGGGACAACAACUUACCGUACUUUCUUCGGAAGCUGAAGCAUCAUGUUAACCGUGAAGAGCCUCACCGUCAACUACAACCCCGCCGCUAAUGAGGAAAACACCUUUACCAGUGGCGACUGUGUUUCAGGUGAGGUCACGCUGGAAGUGACCAAGGAGUGCAAAAUAGACUCCCUAUUAAUUCAGUUCAAGGGGAAAGCAGAGGUGUUGUGGAGCGAGCGUCACGGCCAAACUACUGUUGUCUACCACUCCAAGGACAAGUACUUCAGCAUAAAACACUACUUCGUCGGGGGAAAAGAUAACGGAGAUGACAAUGAAACACUGUUGACAAACCACAUUGGGAAAACAUACAGCAAUGUUGUUGCCCCAGGAUGCCAUGUUUACCCAUUCACCUUUCAGAUCCCCUUCCAGGAUAUGCCCUCCUCCUUCAAAGGCUCUGUUGGUAAAGUCUUGUACUCACUGAAUACCAAAUUAAGUCGAUCAAUGAGGGCUCCAACUACGGAUUCUACCAAGAUCAACUAUGUCACGAAUGCAGACCUGACCAGUGACCCUGAGCUGAUGCAACCGCAGCACGAGUGUAAGGAUAAGAAAAUGAAGUAUUUCAACUCAGGAACAGUAGCCAUGGAUGUGAAUCUUGAAAAAACAGGUUUCUUUCAAGGAGAAGGACUAAAGGUUAUGGCCUGCAUUCAGAACAACUCAUCUCGGGAGAUCAAGCCCAAGUACUGUGUGUACAGAAAGCAUAGCUUCUUUGCACAAGGAAAGAGAAGAGUUUCAACUAAAGACCUGUUUAAAGAAGUGGGAGAGCCCAUCCCUCCGUCUUCAAAACAAAAUGUCACCAGAGUCCUCACCAUCCCCCUUGAUGUGGAGCCGUCCAUCCUCAACUGCAGCAUCCUGAAAGCAGAGUACAGACUCAGGGUCUACCUUGAUGUCAAAUAUGCUUCGGACCCAGAGAUCAAAUUCCCCAUAGUCAUCCUGCCAGUCCCUAAGGUUCCUGGUAUGGAGGCACCCCCACUUGCUGCUUCUGGUUUUGGGUUUGAACCAUUUGGAAAUGCCUACCCACCCCCAGCAGCAGCAGCCCUAACCUCAGAUCCCCCUCCUGCCUAUGGAACAAGUGGAACCUACCCUUUUCUGAUGGAUUAUAACAAUAAAUACUCGUGAUUGGAGCCUGAAGAGACGUGUACAUUUAAAAUAAAAUAAAGUGAAUGUCCUGCUAUAAUUACAAUUUCAAUGUAUAUCAAAUUGAUGUAGUGUUGCAUUUUUUAAGGAUGUUCAAAUCGCUAUGAUAAUUAUUGCUCUUACAUUCAAAAAUAAAUAAUAGUUACCUUCA